AUGGUGAACACACCAAAUCCAACACACACCGGCGAUGCUUCACGGAGAAUCAUUUCGAUUGCCGUCGGCGAAGCUCACACUCUCGCUCUAACAGGUUUAUUGUCACUCACAUUCCGUUUUUACCUGUCGUUUUACAUCGCUAAUAAAAGUGCAAUCGUAGGUGAUGGGAAAGUGUAUUCUUGGGGAGGAGGGAUGUUCGGCCGGCUGGGCUCCGGUUCGGAGGAAAACCGGCAUUUUCCUGUCCGAGUCAGCUUCUAUGGUACUCUCAAGAUUAUAGGGAUUGCUGCUGGGGCUUACCACAGUCUUCUCUUACAGCUCAAUAUGAUGAUACCAAGAGCCGCAAACCACUCAAGAUUUCCUAUGUGUGUAGAAGCUGGAGGAAUGAUGUCACUCACCAUCGACGAGCUUGGGUCCCUAUGGAUAUGGGGUAGCUGCCCCAACCCUUCCCAAGCCCACGAACCCCCCGAGAUCACAUUUUUGCUCAUCAGCACCGGGUCUCCACUCCCUCUCUCCAACUUCCAUGGCCACUCGGUCGUUAAGGUUGCGUGUGGAAACGAACAUGUCAUCGCAUUAGUGACAGCUGGCAAGGACCCGAUCUGCUACUCGUGGGGCUGCAAUACCCAUGGCCAGCUAGGAUUGGGGGACAAGGAAAGCCGGCCGAGCCCCAAAAUUAUCGAGAAAUUCAACUCGGACUCCCCCUGGGAGGCCUAUGACAUGGCAUGCGGCGCGGCCCACACGGCUCUUUUAGCAAAGAGAAAAUCGCCGAACGAGCUUCCGGAAAGCUUUUGUUGGACGUUUGGGCCGGGCUAUAACGGCAAACUCGGGCACUGGACCACACAGGGUUCGGAUUCGCCGGAGAUGGUCAAGGGUUUGCCCUUGGGUAUUUUUGGUAUCUGCGGGUGCAGUUUGUUCCACACGAACAUUGUCUCGUCCGGCGGGGAAGUUUGGUCGUGGGGAAUGGAGAAGGGUUUGGGGUUGUGCCCGGACGCUAACUUCGCUGGCAAUGCCCUUCUCCCUCUACUCUUUCCUCCGGAUUUCGUGAACUCUCGCGGGUCGCGUGUGGUGGGGCCCACAUGGGCUACAGAAUCUGAUAUACAAGAUCAAGACAUUUGUCAAUUUUUUGAGCAAUCGAAUGCCAUAGAGAGCACCGUGAAAUGCCUUAUUGCUGAACAGUCGCUCGGGGCAAAAUUGUUUCCAUGUUGCCUACACUGCCGCCAAGAUACUGAAAAUCGGGAGGCGAUAAUUUUAUUGUCGGUGACUGCCGACCUAAUGGUGACGGAUACCAUACAGAAAAGAAAGGACAAGAUAAGUACCUUCCACAGUACUUGUCUUGUCCUUUCUUUUCUAUGUACUACAUUAUCGCCUCCCGAUUUUCAGUAUCCUGGCGGCGGUGUGGGCAAUAUGGAAACAAUUUUGCCCAGAGUGACUGUUCAGCAAUACGCCAUUUCACGGUGCUCUCUAUGGCACUCAAUUGCUCCUGAUGCAGUGAUGGAUUUGUAUGACGCAUUCGGGCACAGAAGAGCGAUGGAUUACUCAGAUACGGUGGUCGGAAGGACGGAUGACUCGUACUCGCCUAUGCCAGUGUUGUGGCCGCCAAUCGGCAAUGAUGAUGAUAUUGGCAAUGGGAAUAACAGAGAAAAGGGUUUGGAGGGGGGUGUGGAGAUUUAUAGGGCUGAUGAGAUUCCUAUCGAGUCGGGCGUGUUUGAUAUUGCAAAGGAGUGGGAGAGAAUGGUGGAUUCUUUGGACGAAAGGGGACUCGUUUGUUUGGAGAUGUUUUAUAGGGACAUGCAUGCUGGCGUGAAGUAUGGGCUCUUGAAAAGGAGGGUGUUGGAGAUGGUUAAGGAGUGCCUCAGGUUAAAUGCAUCGAAUGAAUGA